AUGAGAAUCGCCAUCCGCGAACAGCUUGCCGCCCUCGUCAUCUCGGCCGUCCUCGUCGCCCUCGCCAUCGUCGCCAUCCCGACCUGGAUCUACGUCAACAACUUUGUCGUCCGCGUCGAGUCCGACGGCCUUUCCCUCACCGCCUCGCUCAAGGCCUCGCGCAUCGCCUCGGAAAUCGACCUCGUCAAGACCAUUUGCCAGACCGUCGCCACCCGCAUCCUCCUCCAGCAGGCCUUUAUCGACUUCUACAACGCCAACUCCACCGUCAACCCUUUCAUCAAUGCCCGCUCCGAUCUCGAGAGCGCAAUGGGCGCCGGCCGCGUCGCCGGCCUGCUCCAGGCCAGGCUCUAUCCGAGGAACACAACCGGCAGCCCCACCGGCCUCCUCAACGUCACUGGCAGCGGCGUCCCCGACCAGGGCAUCGAGCUGCCCUACCUCAGGUCCAACGGCUCCCGUGUCUAUCUCGGCGACCCCGACGACGGCUUCCCGCCCUCGCUCUACCCCAACCUCACCUACGAGGGCCUCGGAUAUCCCAACCCCUAUGUCCCCUCCACUCCGGCCUUUGUCGCAAACGCCUUCCCGGGCGUCCGGCUCAACGACAAUGUCGGCCUCCUCCUCGGCCCCUUGAUCGUCAACGAAUCCUUUGCUUUGAUCUCCCUCACCAUCCCCAUCAAGUCUCUCACCAUCGACGGCUUCAUCCUCGGCUACAUGACCUUGGUAGCCUCGGCCAAGUCGUUCGUCGGCGUCCAGACCACUCGUGAAGGCCUGGGCUCGACCGGCAUGGCCCUCCUCAUCGGGCCCGGCAACCCUUCAAACCGCUUCAAUACCUCCCUCCCCGCCAGCAACGGCACAUAUUCUCCUCCUCGGGGUCCCUUCGCCCGCUCCUCAGCCCGAUUCGUCCUUCCCCCCAUUGCAGCGCAGGGGCAACCCGAUCGCCACUCGAGUAGGGGAUAUGGCGACGGAGGCUUCCGACGUCAAUUUACCCUGUCCGAGUAUCCGGGUCUCUUCGACGUCUACUACCAAAACAAUUCAAGACCAAACAACGCCACCGCAUUCUUGUCCACGACAAACGAGCAAGGCAUCCCGGUCGCAGUUGGCGUCGCCCGUCCUCAAUCCACCCUGGUCGACUGGGCCGUGGUCGUCGAACAGGCCAGGAGCGAGGCUUACGAGCCCAUCCGAACCCUGAGAACGAUUCUUCUGGCCUGUGUGUUCGGGACUGCCGGCCUCGUCGUGCUUCUGGUCUGCCCUUGUGCCCAUCUCAGCGUACGACCCAUCAGCCGGCUCAAGGCUGCAACGGAAAAGUCCAUUGCUCCGCCAGGCUACGAGGACGAGUACGACGACAACCUCGAGGAUGGGAGCCCCGGCUCGGGCGGCACUUUGUCUCAGGGAUCCAAAAAGGGUAUCAUCGCCAACAUCCGACGGAGCAUCAAAAAGAGGCAGAGAGCCAAAGCUACCGCCGAGGCAGACGCCGAGGCUCGUCGCCACAUAUUCAAGAUUCCCGGCCGGGUCGAGGACCGCAAACACUACAUCACCGACGAGCUGACGGAGCUUACGCAGACAUUCAACGAAAUGACGGACGAGCUGCUCAAGCAGUACACGUCUCUAGACGAUAAGGUUGCCGAGAGGACUCGCGAACUGGAAUUGAGCAAAAAGGCCGCCGAGGCUGCCAACGAAAGCAAGACGCUCUUCAUCGCCAAUCUGUCCCAUGAGCUCAAGACGCCACUCAACGGCAUCAUGGGCAUGUGCGCCAUUUGCAUGGAGGAAGAGAGCAUUGUGCGCAUAAAGCAAUCACUCAAGACCCUCUACAAGUCGGCAUUAGGUGACCUUCUGCUUCACCUUCUCGAGGAUCUCCUUAGUUUUUCCAAGAACCAGAUCGGCCAGCACGUCAGUCUCGAGGAGAAGGUGUUUCGCUUAGGCGACAUCAGGUCACAGAUGCUGUCCAUCUUUGACAAGCAGGUGCGCGAGAGCAAAAUUACGUUUACUGUGGCCUUGCCCACCUCGGACAACUCCGAGCCGGAAGGAGGGCUGCCGGGCACGAGCCGGCUUCAGGACAUGUGCCUCUGGGGAGACCAGCAUCGAAUUCUGCAGGUCAUCAUCAACCUGGUCAGCAACAGCUUGAAAUUUACGCCGGCCGGGGGCAGGGUGGAGCUAAGGAUUCGGGAGAGAAUGCCGACGCCGCCACCGCCAAACGCAAAAACAUACACUUUCGAGUUCCAGGUCGAGGAUACCGGGCUGGGCAUUCCCGAGCCAAUGCAGAAGAAGAUUUUCGAGCCCUUUGUUCAAGGGGAUCUGGGCCUCAGCAAGAAGUUUGGCGGUGCGGGCCUUGGGCUGAGCAUCUGCGCGCAACUGGCGCAGCUCAUGGGCGGAUCCAUCGGCGUCAACAGCACGCUGGGCGUAGGCUCCGUUUUUACCAUGCAGAUCCCGCUCAAUCGGCCGGCCAGCAUCGCGUCGUCGGCCGCCAGCCACUUCCACCGCAACUCGUUUGAGCAGAACGCCAACAACACGUCGAGCGUGCUAGAGGACGAGCAGCCUCGACUCGUCGGGCUUAGCGCGCCCUUUUUUGCGGCCAACCCGAACCCGCCGCCCCUUGCCAGUAAAAAGGAGCAGACGGCCGCCAUCGACAAGGCCAUGGCGAACAAGGGCUCGGGCCAGGGCAGGCUGCGCGUGCUGGUCGCCGACGACAACUCGACAAACGUUGAGGUCGUGAGCAGGAUGCUCAAGCUCGAGGACGUGUAUGAUGUGACCAUUGCCACGGAUGGCCAAGAGGCCUACGAACUGGUCAAGGCCAACAUGGACAAGGACCGGAACUUCGACGUCAUCUUCAUGGAUGUGCAAAUGCCCAACCUCGACGGUUUGCAAUCGACGCGCCUCAUCCGCAAGAUGGGCUACGCGGCGCCCAUUGUGGCCCUGACCGCCUUCUCGGAGGAGAGCAACGUGAAGGAGUGCAUGGAGUCGGGCAUGGACGAGUUCUUGAGCAAGCCGAUUCGGCGACCAGCCCUGAAAAAGGUCCUUACCAAGUUCGCAACUAUACCGGAGGAGGCGGCGGAGACUACGAAGGCAACGCUGUACAGGAGACCUUUGGCGGUCAACCCAAGCAGUUAG